AUGGGCUCCUCGUCUUCCUACGCCUCCACUUUUUCUCUGCCGUCCGUGUCGUCCGCAGGCACGUCGCCAGAGAGCCCUUGUAGUGUGGGCGUGUACGGAAAGGGGGUGGCGGCAGGACCAUUCGCGUCUUCAUCGACUUCUGCCGCCGCCGCCGCCGCUGCAUCUAUCAAAUACACCCGACUCACCGAGUUUGGCUCCAACCAGGAAUGGAUCGGAUUCAUUGAGAACAAUGUCUUCCACCAGUUUGUGUCCAUUCCUCGAGACGCCGAUUGGAGCCAGCUCAAAGAAAGCGUGAUUGCCUUGCUGGACCUGGCAUCCGACUGCCUUGAGUGCACAGGCAUGGUUCUAUAUUUGGAUCGUGAAUGCACACACUUUCAGUCCUUGCUACGAGACUUUAUGUGGGUCGGCUUCACCCCGAAGACCGCGGGCGUCAUUUCGGAAAAGUGGGUCAUGUUGGGCAUGGAUUUGUAG